GGGUCAUUACAAUACCACAGUGAAGGGAAGAAACAAACAUUGACUAAGUUGACGCAUGCUUUUCAGAUGACGAGGUCAAUCGCUUUUCGAGGCAUCGACAAGCUCUGCAGGAGGUUGAUAGCGUGCAAAGCGAAUAAUGCCCUCGUGGAAAAGGUCAUAGGGGAAGGUAUCCGGCAGCGAGUCGUCGAUGCGGAUUCCCUGCCGCUAAUUGCCCAACGGCUAUCCACAACGCAUGGGGAGUGGGUUUUAGCGCUUGAGGUGCUCGCAAGCGAGCGAUUGGAUAGGCAUGGAAUUAGGCGUGAUGAUAACAUAUGGAAAAUAAUCGAGUCUGGCGUACCGGAUGCAAUGGAGAGCAAGGCGGCAGCGGCAGCAUCACUUCGGAAGAUUUACGGGAGAAAAAUUGCAUCCCUUAAUUACCCUGAAAGGGGGAAAUAA